GCGGCGGCAGGCACAAAGAGCGAGGGAGGAGGCGGCUCAGUGGACAUCAGCCGGCCGGAAGCAGUAAUUCGUGGAGCGGGAGGAGGAAAUGAACAUCUCCCUUCAGUCUGGCUACCCCUGGCGCCACUGAGAGGUCCUUUUGCGAAGAGCCAGACAAGCUGCCCCCAAGAAAGAGAAGCAAGCCACACGGAAUGCCCCUCCCCUUUGCCUUGUGAGGAGGGGAGGGAGCUUGUCCCAGCCACACUCUGCAUGAGAUGCGAAAGACACCUGAUUGGCCCAUUCCGUUUUGGGGGUGGGGCUUGGGCCCUUGUUGGGUUUUCCCCGCCCCCGCUCUACAGUUCGGGCCGAGCAUCCGUGGAGGAAGGAGCUCUUUCAUCGGCGGCCGUUUUAGCGGCCUGCGGGGCAUCGGCCUGCGGCUGGAGUGCGGCGGCAUCGGCCCCGCGGCGGCGCCGUUCGGCGGCAUCUUCGGGGCUUGGGGCCCUUGGUUUGUCCGGGUUAGGAGCUCUUGAAAAGGGCGAGGGCCCGCCCAGCCCACUGCUGCCUGCAGAGCCGGCUGAUCCUGUAUUGCCAGUGCCUGGCGUUCCCAUUCCUGAGAUGGCUUCUCCUGCGGUUCCGGAAUCCCCGCUGCCAUUGGAUCAACCCCGUGUGGAUCCAUCUUUGCCUCCUCCCCCGGGUGCUGGCAGAGCAGCGGCUCCUGUUCAGGUCCUGGUUUGCGGCCAUUCGUGGGUCUUGGGGGCCUUCAAGAGAGCCAGCUCAUAACAUUGGAGCACCCAUUUGGGUUUUGGAAAGCAUGCUUCAGUUUCUUGGUUGGGUAGGAGGGGCAUGUUAUGGAGCCAGUUGCUCCCGGCCAUUUGGGAUGAUUGAGCUAGGUUCCCUGGGCCUGAUGUCAUUGUGAUUCACUUGGGGGGAAACGAUUUGGGCAGGCGGGCUGGUCUCUCUCUUAUUAUUAUUAUUUCCCCGCCCCAGCUCUUCCGUUUGGGCUGAGCAUCCCCCUCCCUCCCUUCCCUGGAGCAGAGCGGGUCUAGUGACUGGUCGCCCUUCGGGGGCCGAGUAGGAAUUUUUGGCUCUCAACGCAUUGGCCACUGUUGGGGGUUUUUCCGCCUACUCCGUUCUGCGUUUGGGGUUUGAGUUAGAAUUAGGCUGGUCACACUGGCAGGAGCAGUGCGGGCUGGGUGGAGUUUGAGGGAUGGAACAUGGGUGAGCACCCUUGGAUAUUUCAGAGGUGGGUUGGCAAUCGCUCCCUUGCGGUUUGUGCGGCCCAGGGGGGAAGAGUUUGCCAUGAAACCAGCUUCAGGGCUUCACCAACCCUUGGGCUGAGCGGUCCAGGGUGGAUGAAGCUCUAGAAGUAUACAGACCCUCUUUCUUAAAGGGUUGGCCUUGAAGGAAUUGGGCAGCUUUUACCUGCCUGUUUCCUGAGCCAGGGUGUGUCGCCCUCAAAGGUGCAGGGAAGGGCAAGGAGCCCUAACCCGGCCUUCUUAGGCCCGCACUGUUGUUUUGGGGGCUGAUUAAUCCCCUUGGAUCCAGUCCGCCAUGCUUGGUUGUUAUUAGUUAAUAAAGUUGUGUCCCUUUUCA